AUGCAUUUGGCUGAGAAUAUAAUUGAAUUUGACCACACUACAUUUUCUCUGCAGUCGUACAGUGAGCUGAGUGUGGAUGAUUUUCCCUACCCUAUCAUCUCAGACCCCAACAGAGACCUGGCAGUGCAGCUGGGUAUGCUGGACCCUGUGGAGAAGGACAAGGCUGGACUGCCACUGACCUGCAGAGCUGUGUUUAUUGUUGGACCAGACAAGAAGCUGAAACUCUCCAUCCUUUACCCUGCACCCAUCCGGUGUCGCACACUUCAGUGA